GCCUACUUUUGCUUUACCAUCUUCAUCACACAUACACAAUCUUUUAUUCUUUGCGUCUCCUAAACCUUCUUCCUACCCAUUAAUUUAAUUCAUCAUCAAUGGCUAUAUAAUCAUGCACAUAGAAAAAUCUCAUAUCAGAUCACAUACUGUUAAUUGGAAGCAGAUCGAGAUCUAGAGAUUCAUCAUAAAUGGCGGAUUGGGGACCGGUAGUUAUAGCGGUGGUGUUGUUCGUAUUAUUGUCGCCGGGAUUGUUGUUGCAGAUUCCAGGGCGGAACAGAGUGGUGGAGUUCGGAAAUAUGCAAACAAGUGGACUCUCGAUACUUGUUCACACCGUCAUCUACUUCGGUCUCGUUACGAUCUUCCUUAUCGCCAUCGGCGUUCAUAUCUACACCGGAUAGCUACCUGUCUACCCACAAUCAUAAAACACUUAGUUUUCUGUUCGAAUUUGUUCUUUCGAUUUCUGGUUUUUUGUUGUGAAUUAUGUUGAAUUGUUGAUUUGAUAGAAGAAAUAUUAUGAUGAUUAUGGUUGUAAUUUUGGU